UUUUUGGCCGAUAAAUUUAACGCGCAUAAAAUUAUACUUUUAACUUGUAUAUCUUCCACUACUUGCACUACGAUUAGUUAUCCAUUAAUCGGGAAAGUUAUUGGUUUUGAAGGACUUUUGCUCUCUUUCCUCUUUAGUGCUUUAUUCAACGGAGGAAUUUCUCCUUUAGUUGACAACUUCACAAUAGCUACACUUAAAAAAGAUGGAGAUCGGGUAGAAUAUGGUCGACAGAUGGGAACGUUCGCUGGGCUUAUACUUAGUACAACCACGAAUGAUUUUAAUUAUUAUCAAAAAAUUAAUCAAACCAUACCUUUAAAUAACGACGAUGAUUUAGAAUUAGAUUUGUUUGUCAAUGAUAAUAUUACAGAUAAUGAUACAAAUAUUGAGGCCAAACUCGGAACGGAAAAUAGUGUAACAGUCAUGAAUUCGACUUCAAUAUUAUUGCGGAUAUUAGGAAGCCCCAAGUUUUCAUUCUUUCUAUUUAUCACUCUUUUAAUUGCAACAGUGAAGUCAGUAUGUGGAAUUUAUCUCUUCUUAUAUCUUUCAGAAACUUUUCAUGCUAGUGGAACUUUAUUGGGGCUUUGCAGUGUCAUGGGAAUAUCUUUAGAGAUUAUAAUUUUAAAUUAUGCCAAAGAAUUAUUGAAAUUAUUAGGACCUCGAAACAUGAUGAUUGUAGGUCAACUUGCCCUCAUUAUUAGAGUUGGUUUAUAUGGAUUUCUUGGAAAGAAUAUGAAAUCAUGGAUGGCCUUACCUAUAGAAUUGGCGACUUAUCUUGGUAUAUAUUAUGGAACUUUCAGUUUAUCUUCUGGAAUCGGAGCAAUCAUUGGUUCCGUAAUCUUUUCUAGAAGCCCUACUUUAAUGUUUCAGAUUAUGACUGCAUUGUCAAUAUUUACUUUGAUUUUAUACAUAAUGAGCGAGACGUUAAUGUUUCAAUAUAAUAAGUAUAAGUAUUCAAUGCUUGAUAACGAUCAACCUAGAAUGGGACAGGAAGAAUUGCG